AGUAGCAAGCCAGGCCGUAAAGGGCCAGUCCACUGUCCACAGAUUGAUACAGAGCUAACGGAAGAUAUUUUCUUGCCAGUUGGAGUUCGCAAAAUGGUUUUACUUAAAGGAUACAACCUUCCAGAAUUAAAGUCCAACCUGCCUAACUAUAAGUGUGUGGUGAACACUGGAUCAGCCAGUUAUGAGGCCCCAGCAGAGCUACUGGAUGACCGCCACCUCACUUGCAGCAUGCCAGAAAUGCAUUAUACCGAACAGACGGGGUAUGCUGCCUGCAGAUCUGUCAGUCUAUUGGGGCAAUGAUUUCUAUUUGGAAAGUACUAGUAGACUUAUUGCCCAUCUGUACAAGUGCGAUGUGCUCGCAAAUGCUGAAUGCAGCCUUUGUAUGAACCUCAACUACACACAGCCAAACCUGGAGUGUUUCUGGUGUGAUGGACGCUGCAGCUACAUGAACAAAUGUGACCAGCGGGCAGCUGUUGCAUGUCCAGCCCCAGAAAUACUUAGUGUGUAUCCACUGUCAGGACCUGUUCAGGGAGGUACAAAUAUCACCAUUGAAGGCCGCAAUCUAGGCUCAAAGUUUGAGGACAUUGAAGAUGCCGUCCAUAUUACCAAUGUUCGCUGCAUACCCUUCCGAAGUCUCUACUCUCCAUCUCGCAGAAUUGUCUGUCAGACACAAUGGCGAGGUCAGAUUGCUCAAGGCCCAAUAGAGGUCAGACUUGGCUCUGCAACUGUACGCUACACUGAGGACUUUCAGUACAGGAGUCCUGUGCUUGUAGACAUCCAGCCCCAGAAUGGCCCAAUGUCUGGGGGGUCGCGUGUUACCAUCUUUGGGCGUGACCUCAACACAGGUGGAGAGAUAAAGGCAGUGCUAGGAGAUGUUCUCUGCAUCAUAGAUGUCAAAACACUGACAGCAGAGUCUGUGGUGUGCGAAACUACGCAAGUGUGGCAACCCGAGUCAAAGUCCCCUAUAAAGGUGUUUUUUGAUGGCUUCCGGAUCAUUCUUGACCGUGAAUUUGUGUAUCGUCCAGAUCCAGUUAUUACACAUAUCAAACCACUGGAGAGUAUCAUGGAAGGAGGUCGAGUCUUAACUAUCAGUGGCACAGACCUUGAGUAUGUGCAGCAUCCACGAAUGUUUGCCUACGUGCCUAUGGAAGGGGGAUAUUAUUUCCCGACAGACAGCACAAAAUGCAAUAUUGUCGGCUCCAAGGAGAUGAAGUGUACUACACCAUCCCUUUUUCCUGGCCGCAACCUCAAGACAACUACUAUUAUCCAUUCACGGCGCCGGCGCCAUCUGCCUUCGGUUGUCGACAGCAACAGCUGGCUGAUACAACGUCCAGUUCCUGUGAGUGGUCACACCACUCUCAGCCACAUGUUGUUAGCAGAUCACCUUCGACCCAAGACAGAUGAUCAUUCCGAGUUAAGUAAUCUCUCAGAGGAGAGCCAGACAGACCUAAUGGAGGUGAAGCUGCUGAGGGUUAAGCGCGUGGAGCCAAUCAAAGUGGUACAGCUUGGUUUCAUUAUGGAUGGUGUGUUGUCUGUUAGAAACCUUUCUGGUGCUCAAGGAUUGGACUUUCAUCUUAAAUAUUACCCCAAUCCUCGUGUCUACAAUUUCUCUGAGCCAAACAACAUCAAGGUCUUUAAAGGCGAAAUGAUCAUAAUAGAGGGUGCAGACCUGACUUUAGCAGCCACAAAGCAUGAAGUGUUGGUCUGGGUGGGAAAGGAGGCUUGCAAUGUCACUCUUUUGACAUCUGAACAAAUAGCAUGUGAGCCUCCAGCCAGUCAGCCACCAGGUUUAGACAGCCAAGGAAACUUGGACAAAAAAAUUCUGCCCCUUGUUGUGGUGGAGGUGAGUAAUAUGCGAUACAUGGUGGGGCGAGUCGAGUAUGAUGUCCCUGAAAAAUUUAGCUUUCCGAUGGAGGCCAUUGCAGGCAUUGCUGCAGGGGGCAGCUUCCUUCUCCUCAUCAUCAUUCUCAUCCUCAUCAUUUAUCGAAGGCAGAGCACGCGAGCUGAACGCAUUUACCACAAGCUUCAGAUACAGCUGGACAACCUUGAGAGCAACGUCCGAAAUGAGUGCAAGCAAGCAUUUGCAGAAUUACAGACAGAUAUGACUGACAUGACAGGUGAACUGGUGUCCACUGGCAUUCCAUUCUGGGACUAUCACACCUACACUUUCAAGGUUCUCUUCCCUGGCCUCACUGACCAUGUCAUACUCCAUCCACCAAUGCAGAAAAAUGGCCAGUUCAGAUUCUCUGAUCAGGGCCUGCAACUCUUCCAUCAACUUCUCAACAAGAAAAUCUUUCUUCUUACUUUCAUUCGAACUCUGGAAGCCCAGCGUGCCUUUAGUAUUAGAGACAGAGCACAUGUCGCGUCAUUGCUCAUCAUCAUCUACCAGAACAACAUGGAGUACGUCACAGACAUUCUCAAGGCUCUGCUUGUAGACCUUGUGCACAAGUCCGUGGCAGGCAGACAUCCCAAACUGAUGCUACGGCGAUCAGAGUCCGUUGUUGAGAAACUGUUGACCAACUGGUUGUCUCUCUGUCUUUACAAACACUUAAAGGACCAUGCAGGCUCAUCACUUUUCAUGCUUUACAAGGCCAUUAAGCUGCAGGUGGAAAAGGGGCCCAUUGAUUAUAUGACAGGAGACGCCAGAUACUCACUAUCAGAAGACCGUCUUCUGAGAGAGAAAAUUGAGCCACACACACUGAUCUUAAAUGUGGAGCAUAGAACAGAAAUGGUCCAGUGUCGUGUUCUGGACUGUGAUACAAUAACCCAGGUGAAAGAGAAGAUCCUGGAUCACUUGUACAAGAAUAUACCCUAUUCACAGCGACCUUGUUUGGAUGACACUGAACUUGAGUGGCGAAACGGUCCAACAGGUCCUCUGACUCUUUGUGAUGAAGAUGUCGGAUCCUUCAACAAAGAUGGCUGGCGCCGCCUUAACACACUUGCCUUCUAUAAAGUUCAUGAUGGUGCAUACAUGUCUCUGCUGGACCGCCAGCACACGUAUAAAACACUCAAUGGUACUCUUGAUCAUGCUUUGAUGUCUAUGAGCUCACAGUUCCCUAUGUUCAAGACAGACACCGAUCCAAACACAAGGGUGUGGCACUUGGUAAAGCAUGAUGAUGUCCCCGUCAAGGAUGGUGGCGUUAAAAUGAUAUCUGAAAUCUUCCUGACACGGCUAUUAUCCACAAAGGGCACAUUACAGAAGUACGUUGAUGACUUAUUCAAAACUGUUUUGAGUGCUGGCCAUGUCCCACCUAUCGUCAAAUUUCUGUUUGAUUUUCUGGACCAAGAGGCCAUGCGCUAUGGUAUUGGAGAUCCAGAAGUUGUUCACACCUGGAAAUGCAACAGCCUCCCCCUACGUUUUUGGGUCAACAUGAUCAAGAAUCCUGACUUUGUGUUUGAUGUGAACAAACCACUGAUCGUGGACUCGUGUUUGAGUGUGGUUGGCCAGACAUUUAUGGACAGCUGUUCAACAUCUGAGCACAGACUAGGGAAGGACUCUCCUUCCAACAAAUUGUUGUUUGCAAAGGAUAUAGUCCACUAUCGCAAGUAUGUGGAGAAAUAUUUUGCGGAUAUCCGGGACAUGCCCCCCAUUAGUGAUCAGGAGAUCAGUACAUAUCUUGCUGACAUUUCGAGGAUGUGUUCUGGCAAAUUCUACAUUUCCAGUGCCUUGAGAGAACUAUAUUCAUUUGCCUCCAAAUACAGCAAUGAGCUGCUGGAGGAGUUAGAGCAGGACAACCAAGCCAAUGCUCAUCAAAUGUCAGCAAAACUAGGUCAUGUCAUCACCUCAAUGGAAGGCCCCUCUGCACGGAUGGCUUAUGUUUAAGCAUGCCACUGUAGAAGCCUGGGACUGGGUACAGCCAGUGCUUCUGAAGGUACUCAUGGAGAGAGCUGAGUUUACUCACAGCACCAGAUCUCCGAGUUCUUCAUUGGCUGGAUCAUUUGCCACUUCUCGACAAGGCCAUCAAGAACAAGUUCUCAGUGUGCUGCAGCUUACCCUCAUCUUCACUAUUCCUUGCCAGGAAAACCAACUUUGGAAGAAUUCUGGCAUCAGCAUUUUUUCAGUGGUAUGCACUGCAAAGAUGACUUGCCCACCAUGUACACAGAUGACUAAACCUCUCUCUCUGCCUUUGGGGGCAAAUUGACGGCAUUCUGUUGGUGUUUGGAGGGGAGAAGCAGAAUGUUGAAUUCUGAUGUACAUUAUCCUGUCAGCAUUGAUCAGUCAGCAGCAUUGCACUUGACCUUUAACUUUUAUUUAUUUUUAGUUGAACGAGCUUCACACAUGCACCAAAAUGUCUUGUGGCAUGGUGCCUUGUAUAUGGAUAGUUUGGUUUUUUUUUACCAGUGUGUCUGGCACAAGACUGAGAGAAAACCAUUUACUGUUUCGCAUCUGGUUCAAAGUACAUUCAAAGACCUGUAGAGUUUCUGUUGCAAACUGACAUUUGUAUCAUGGCGUCAUAAACAAUGACUGUUUGUUUGGGUACUAUGUGCUGUGUUCCGAAUGUUUGUAAACAUCGAUCUUUGAAGCACAAGUGCCACCAACUCCAAAGCCUCACCAGACAAAAGUCCCUGUGUUGCUUCUGUUAAGUUUCUAGGGAACAAGAGUUGAGUGUGCACACAUAUAUAUUCAGAGGCACAUGAGAGUAAAGGGCAUAUGAUGUUUGGACUUAAGCUUUCUUUCCAACAAUGUUACCACGCACAAGAGUUGUUGUCAGCAUGAAGAUUUAAAGGCCACGUGGGAGUUAUCUGCCUCAGAUUUCAGGCCUAUCUGUACUGCUUUCAAAAAUAGAUCCUUCCAUUUAAUAUUAUUUUUAUGACCUUGCAGUUUGCAAAGUGGAUGAAAUUUUAGCUGAAUCUGUAUAAAACCCAGUGGUAGGAUAGCAAUGUUUCAGACUGUCCAGAAAUGCAUAAAAGUAUUGGGAAGUUCAAGAAGAUGGUGUUCUGCUUUGAGUAUUCAUGGCCUUUUGUGAAUUAUUAUGGUGCUUGUUGUUAUAUAGUCUUGUCCAAGUAAGUUUGCCUACAUGAUAUUUGAAGUCUUCGUCCUCAUCAUUCACUUACCUCUGACCUAUUAUAUAUUACCAACUUGAACGAAUGCUAGGCAAGCUUCUAGGGUGGAGCUAUAUUUCAACAAGGAAUAACUAUAUUGCUGUGAAUUACAAGGGUCUUGUACCUUCUGUUCUAUGAAUGACUUCCCUUUUUCUUUAUUAGUUUGAUUAUUCAUGUUAAUGUCUAACGCCAAUUAAUGCAAAACAAAAUGCCAGUAAAACUAACUUGUUAAAACCAAUAAUAUUCGAAAGCUUUUAUACUUCAAUAUGGAAUGAAAAUCAGAUAUUCCUGGCUGAUGUCUAGCUGCCAAAAGUUCUCUAUAUGUACACUGCUGAAUGAAAAAAACAAACAAACAACAGAAAUUGUCAUGCUGUCAGAAAAAGUAGAUACAAUAAAUUAAAGGAGCAUUUCUUGUCACAGUGGCCAUCAAUCCAUGAAGUUUUACUUGUACUUUUUAUGUUUUAAAAACUGUGUGACAAAAGCUUAAUCUGUUUCUUUAUAUUUUGCAUUUGUUUUGAUACAAUUUUGCAAAUUUGUGCAGCAACAAAAUGCAAGAGGAUUACAACCCCCACUGCUGCUGUUUAUUAUUGUUAGGGCUUUCUAACAGGUCUUUUCAAACAUUAGUGUAGUCACACAGUCUUUGGCACUGGUUUGUACAAUGGUGUCUUUCCUCCCCAUUUUAUUGCAUUGUAUAUAUGUGAGUAUGUCUGUUUGCAAGUGUGUGCACGUGUAUGCUCUUAGUGUUUCAUCAGAUUUGUGGGUUACAUGUACAAAUAUGAAUUAACCAUAUCCAUGACUGCGAACGUCACAUUCACAAAUCAUUUCAAGUGCAUUAGGUUAUGGUUCAGAAAAAAAUUGACAAAAUGUCUUGCAACAGAAGCAAAGCAAAGUGGAUCAGUAUAUUAAAUACUUUUGUGCUUUGCUAUUUGAAGGCAUUAACUGUGUUUCAAGAAGUGGGAUUGAGAUUUUCGCUCAUGUGGAAAAAAUCCACAGCUCUUCUUGCCUCACUGUGCAUUGCUGUUGUACAAAGCUGAGAAACCUCUUUCCUUGUCAUAGAGGACAGAGUGAGUUUUGUGCAUUGUGUGAACAUGGUUUCCUGUUUGCAUCAAGUGGUUAUGUGUACAUUUGUGUGUAUGUGUAAGUAAAAGACAAUGCAAAGAGACGUCUUUCACUUCACGCUGGGAAACUUUUAUCCAGCAAGGACGAAUUCGCUGGCAGUUUUGAGAUCAUCAGAAUUUUAUCAACAGAGCUUGUGUGGAAGCUUCUGCACUGCCCCAGAUCAACGUCCAAGAUGUGCAGUCUGGCCAGCCAGCCUACAUAAAGAACUUACUGCAACUGGAACAAGACUUUGUUUUGGCGUGAAAAUAGCAUUUGGAAACUGACUUCUGCAGUUUGUGGAUUUCGACAUGACAUUUGUCGAAGGACAGUUCGAAGGGGGCUCCUCACCUGUAAAACAUGUUAUCUUAUCGAUCAACAAACACCGCAAGUCUUUCAAGGGGGACUAAUCCCCAGCCCUUUUUUUUAAAAAAAAAAAAGAAAUUCUUCAUUGCUCAUGUCAGCAAUGGUGUGAGCUUGUGAUACCAUACAGGGAGGUGAUGAGUUCUGACCAUCCAGCACGCAAAGAUACCCAUUGCAGGCAUUUUCUGAUGUUUGUUUCAGUAAGGCAGUAUAUUCUGGUUGACAACUUCAUGUCUGAUUAUGCUGUCAUGCAAGUCUCUCAAAUUUAUUUCAAUGAUUCAAAUUUAGAUGUCAUCGAGAAUACACUGGCGGAUUGCAGAGGAAGAAGAGAAAUGCAUCAUGUACAUUGUUUGCAGAAAUAUUCUUCGCUUCAAUAUUGCAUUUAACAUCUUAUGUUUCAAUAACCAUGUGUUCUGGGUGCUUCCAUUUUUCUGCUUUUCUCUGCCAGGCCUUUGAGAACAAUUUUCCGAUGUAAGAAAAUGAAUAAGCCAGAUAUGUUGAAAGUAUAUAUUAAUAAGCAGGUCAGUCAAGGGCUUGGGUACAGAACUGUAACAAAUGUUUAUUUGUUUGGGUUGUAUUAAUUCUUGUGUAUAUGUUGCAGCUGGUCGUUGUUGUACCAGUUUGACUUAAUUAUCUAAUACAUUCUUAUUACACUUUUACAUUUGCAGUAAUCAUUUUCUUUCUGUCUUUUUAAAUUGGUUUAUUUGAAUUAAUAUCCAGAUUACUGUUCCAACACAGUGUGUUAGACUAUGUCCAGCUUUUCUCUGUCAUACCAUUUUACAUUGAAUUUGAAGUUGAUUCAUUGAGUUGUAAAAAAAGCAUACACGUUUAGUUACUGCGAACAGUCUUGUUUUUCUUUUAGUCUUGAUAUGCAGUAAUCAGCCUGUUUCACAGUGGGAAUUGACCUUUGUCUGCACAAAUGCUUGUUUAAGGAUAACUCUAGUAUAAUGCUGCAACUGUCUAGGGAAAGCCUUCGCAAAAUUCAGCUGUAGAUUUUAUUCAUUUACUUUUUAUUUAAGCAAUAUUUGUGUAAUUUUUUAAUUCAUGUAAGCUGUAUUAUUUGGGUUUUCUCUUUGUGGUGUAAACUUGUUUUUUAAAGCUAUCAUCCUGAAGUCUGACUGGUGGUAGUUAAGCAGGGUACUAAAAUGGAUGAAUAGUUUGAUAAAGCCAACCAUCCCUCAGCAAGGACAAUUUUAUAUUUCUUUUACAGAUAAUGAUCCUAAACAGCAAUCAUCUGUGAAGGAUCAGCUUACAAAAUCUAUUUGUUGUUAUAAUUAAAAUAAGCGCAGAUAAGUCAAACAUAUAUAUCAUCCAGAGCUGUUGUAUUUUCCCAAAAUAUUCUACAGGUCUUAACAUUUUAUUUUUAUUUGUUUAUUUAUUUCACAGAAGAUUACAUUAUUUCUGCUAGGUUUAGCCGGUCAUUAUUAAGGUACAAUGGCUGGCUGUGAAAGUCAGCUGGUGGAAUAUGUCUAAAGAAAUGUGUGGUAAACAAUGAAACAAAUAUCAACAGGGCAACGUUCUUCAUUGCUGCUACCUUGCAGAGAUCUUUCAAAUUAGCAUUAUAUACAUAAAAACAGUAUUAUGAGAGGCUUGUUGCAUAAAAGUUAUGUACAGCAUAAUCUGCUGUGCAUCAUUAGUCGCAUUGAUAGAUUUUGUUUUCUUGACAGCAACAUUUCUUAAAUAUGGGAAAAUUGAAAUGUUAUUAUUUUUUUGCAUUUACCAUGUAAACUUUCUGCAUCCUGCAUAAUGUUAAGCACAGUAUAUUUUGAAGGAUAGAGAGUGUAAAACAGAGUUGUAUAUUGCUAAUUAUCUUUUGGGGGGACAUUGGUAGUCUUGAAAUUGAUCAAGGAAUUUAUUGAAUAUUUGACAUAAGAGUUUUAUUUUUCAUGGCCUCAUAUUGAUAUAUAUAUAUGUAAGAUAAAAGUCCUUAUUAAUAUGUGACAUUAAAGAUAAAAGUCCUUAUCAACAUGUGGCAUUAAGGGUCAGGUAACAGCACAGACUAACACAAUACCUGCAUACCCAUGAAUGAAGUUGAUGACUUGGGCCUUCUCUUUGUUCUCACAUACUCUGGUCAUGUUUUUUUUUUUCCUUUAUAAUACUUGCAAAUACUGGUCUUUUAACUGCUGUGUCUGAGGAGAUUUUUUAAAUUUGUUUUUGAACUUUCAUGCCCUAAUGAAAAAUUACAUUCUUUAAAAUAGAAAAUAAUUCCCCAGAAACUACUGAAAUGUUAAAAAUGAUUCAGCAGGUGUUUCACCCGACCAUUUAAAAAAAAUCUAUGUGGGACAGUAAUCACACUUUUGUUUAGGCUCUUUAACGCUAAAUUUAAAUGGUCUAAGUUGGCACUAACGUCUCAGCAUUUUAUGGGCUCCAUACUAAACAGUAUUCCAUGAAAAUAAAAGAAAAAAAGAUAUUGCACCAUGGGCACUAAGGUCAUUUAACAAGUCUUUCAAAGUCCUCAUUCUUUUACUAUUUUAGCCUGCUUCUGGACGCAAACAUUUUUUGUACUGUGUAUAUAUUUCCAUAAGUUUGUCGAAAGUGUUUCUUUCGUUUUGAUAAGACUUGGAUGAAUAACAGGUAAUCUUCAAUAAACUGUAUCCCUAUUGUUUAUAUAUACAUAUAGGAAGACCUUGCAUAUAUUUUGCAAAAAAUAAGUUCUACUUUUUAAUAAUAUAACUAAUCUUGGCUUUGGGAUGCAUGUCUCUUAUAAUCUAAUCAAUGAUACAGUGGAACACUUAUCCCAAAAGUGGUUACAACAUUGACAUACUGAUUAUUAUUUAAAGGGGUAAUGUCAGACUUUCAUUACUCUUCAUAAAUGCUUCACAGUGAUAAUUGAUUCAGAUCUUGGUUGAGUUUGAGCCAGGCGGGAGUCAAGGCUUUUUAUUUGUGGCUUAAUUUUGGUCUGUGUACUUUGUGAAAUUUAUGAAAAAGUGUUCACAUGGUAUUAAUUUCAUAUUGGUGAUUAUUUUAUCUAUCCAAGUCUUUUGCCUUGGCCACGUGCCAUGCAGUACCUUUUUUCUGUUGGCUUAUUUUAACAGACUAAGUUUUUACUUUCCUUUUCAUCAUAAGCACAAACAGGUAUACCCUCUUGCCAAAAUUUUAUAGUUUGUCUUUCCAAGAUUGAGGCUUGAAUGUUAUGGUGAAAGCUUCAACUCAAUGCUUGUAUCAUCAGUGAAAUGAACUGUUGGGUUUGAGUCACCUCUAACAUGCUGGACAGAACAUCAUCAUUAUGAUGGGUUCAGCCAAUUCUAUAACAAAGGAAAGUGUGCCUGCAUCAUUAGUCUUCACUAUUUCUUAAAGCUGACAACUUGAACUAGACAUGGAUUAUUGUCAUUUCUUUGCAUAAUUUUAUGUUAAACUGAAAUAUUUCAGUUUCAGAAAAUCAAAGGCAUACUAUCAAAUUUAAACAUCUGGUUCAUCCUUUAGGAUGAGAGGUGGAUAUCAUAGACAUGAGAGAGGCAGCCUGCUAGGCCCAACCCAACUCAUUUUAUGAUUGAGGGUGUGUUGUUUUUUUUCGAGCUUCUAUAUAAAUAUAUUCAUUAUUUGAUAAGGCUACCAUGUGGAGUGAAGGACUCAUUCCAAGCUGUGUCCAUGAUAUAUAUUUGACGUCAAAAUUUGUCUAUACAGAUGUGCUGGCCAUGAUAAAUAAUAUUCAUGUUGACAUUGUCAAAUGUUGUGCACUUUCUUAAAAAUAAUACAAGUUUUAACACAA